GCAACCGUGUUGGCAACGACGAGAAAAUAUUCAUUUUAAUUUAUUUUGUAAUACAAAAAGAAGUGUGAAAAAAUUAGCAAUUAUUGUUAAUUCUAAAGGAAAUUCAUACGCCAAUAGAAAUAUUGUAUUACUCAAAUGUUAAAUUCAGUGUUUAUGUGAAAAAUAACAAGUGUUUAUCGGGGUGUAAAUGAAAAUUACAAAGUGUCCGACGACCGACAACGAUAAAUAAACACGGGCGAAGAAAAAGUUAUUGUUGAAAAAAGAUAUUUAACGACUUUAUUGAUCUCUACGCAAUCUACCUCUUAUUGGAUUUCCAAACAAAUAAAAAUAAAGAUAAAUUACAAUUAAACUUAAACAUCAUUAUCACAUAAAUUAACACGACGUUAUUUCAUAUUAAACAAAACAUAAUACAGGAAAACGACAGCACAACAACAAGAAAAGAAAGAAAAUAAUUUGAUUCCCGCUCUUGCUAAACACAGCAUGAACAAAAGUGAUGGGCGGGUUCCUGGAUAAGCCUAAAACUGCUAAACACAAUGACAGCGGCGAAGGUAAUAAAUUACACUUCGGCGUCAGCUCCAUGCAGGGCUGGCGGUGUGAAAUGGAAGAUGCUUACUAUGCAUGCACUGGUCUCGGCGAAAGUCUAAAUGACUGGUCAUUUUUUGCUGUCUUCGAUGGUCAUGCCGGCUGUAAAGUAUCAGAGCAUUGUGCCAAGCAUCUGUUAAAUAGUAUUGUCAACACACCAGAGUUCCAGAGCGGCGAUCAUGUAAAAGGCAUACGCACCGGUUUCCUGCAUAUUGACGAAGAGAUGCGCAGGCUGCCCGAGCUCAACUUAAAUGCUGGGAAAUGCGGUGGCACCACAGCCGUCUGUGCAUUCGUUUCUCCCACCCAGAUGUAUAUAGCAAAUUGUGGUGAUUCGCGUGCAGUUUUGUGUCGCCAAGGCACCCCGGUCUUUGCCACUCAAGAUCACAAGCCCGUGUUGCCCGUGGAAAAGGAACGUAUUUGUAAUGCCGGCGGCAGUGUCAUGAUCAAACGUGUCAAUGGCACUCUGGCGGUUUCGAGAGCUUUGGGCGAUUACGAUUUUAAAAAUGUCAAAGAAAAGGGACAAUGUGAACAAUUGGUUUCGCCAGAGCCGGAAAUAUUCUGUCAAGGUCGUCAGGACACUGAUGAGUUUCUCGUUUUAGCUUGUGAUGGCAUCUGGGAUGUUAUGAGUAACGAAGACGUCUGCAGUUUUAUACACUCGAGGCUGAAAAUCACCGAUGAUUUGGUGACCAUAGCAAACCAAGUCGUAGACACAUGUUUGCAUAAGGGCAGCCGAGAUAAUAUGAGCAUCAUUAUAAUAGCUUUCCCUGGAGCACCUAAACCUACCGAAGAAGCGUUAGAAGCCGAUAUACGGCUGGAGGAAGAAAUUGAAAAAAUUACAAGAGAGGAAAUUGAAGGUUUUGAGAUCCUAAAUUAUUGUGAAUUACUGGUAGCUUUAAGAGAUAGAAAUAUUGAGGGUCUUCCACCUGGUGGCGGUUUACAGUCAAAGUAUCAUUUAAUAGAGCGAAUAUUUAAAGAAAUUUUCCCCGAAAAAAACUGUGAAACUGCAUCACAUUGAAAUCCGGUUAAAUAUUUUAAUUGAUAAAGUUCAAAUUUAAUUAAAACAAAAAACAAAACAAAAAUAAGAAAAAUACAAACAAAAAAAAAAAACAAAAAACUAAUGUCAACAACAACCAAAUACCACAACAACAACAUAACAAAAACCUACAAUAUUUUACAUAAAACAACAAAAAAAACUGUUUCUAAACUUCAUCAGCAACAAAUUCACUCAACAACAACAACAAAAAAGUCUAAACAAAAUCUAUACAAAUUAAUAAUUUAAACUAAACUAUAAAUUUUUUUUACAAUUCGUCAUCGUCGUUUAAGUUUUAAUUAUAAUUUUUGUGUUUUUAUUUUUUAGCCAGCCAGCUGUUAACGUUAAGGAGUUAAACAAAAAGAAAAAACCAAUACUUAAACUUAAUUAAUUAUUUAAUACAAUAAGUUUUUAAGUUUCGUUCUUUAUUUUACAAGUAAUUAAAUCUUCUUUUUUUAUUUUUAUAUUUAAAAAAACAAACAAAAAAUACCAAUCAAUACAUUAAACACACCAAAUUACCAACCAACCCAACCAUCAUUGAUUGCAAUACACCAAAGGCAAUUGUAUGAGAAUGCCAAAUUUUAUUAAAAUUUUAUUCUUGAAAAGAAAACAAUUUAACAAAUAAUUGUAAUUUUUCAAUUCGGUAGCUUUGGAAUUUUAUAAGUUUUUUAAAAGUUCUCAUUACUACAAUGUUGAGUGUAUUGCAGAAAUACCCCUUCCCGCCCCAAAACACCAAACACUCACACAAACACAGUUAAAAAACAUAAAAAAAAGUAAAACUAAAACACAAUUUAUAAUCUGUACUUGUAAGUUAAAUCUAGGAUUCAUACAUUUAAAAAAAGGGAAACAAACACAAUAUUUAAAAACAAAAAGAAAAAAACCUAAGAACUAAAAACAACUAUAUAUUAUAGCACACACAGGGAUUCCUUGAAUUUUAUACUUUAUUUUUCUUUACAUUUUCAUUAAAAACUAUUUUUUUAACGCUCCAAACUCAACCCGCAACUUGUUGAAAUGAGUGACACAGUUUAUUUUUCCAAAGUAAACUUUUGUCUUGUAUGAGUUAGUUUUAUUUUUAUUUUUAUAAUAUCAACGUACUACUACUAAUUAUUAUUAUUAUUAUUACAAAUUAAUUAAUUUUUAGUUCAUAAAAAGGAGUUCCAUUUAUUUCUUUUCUUUAUUUAAAUCUGAAAUAAUUUUUAUGUUUUUUUUUUUCAUUUUAUGUAUGUUUUGUUUUUCUUUUUUAUUGUAACGUGACUCUAGUUCUUUUUGUGUAUUAAAUAAAAUAAUUCAUUGUUUUUUGUUUUAUAUGUAAAACCUAUACAACUUUUAUUAUUUAAAAAAAAAAUGUUUUUUUUUAUACGCCACUAUUUUUUUUAUCACUUUUUAAUGGUUUAACUUUUCCUGUUUUCCUCAACAACUCUAAUUGAUUUCUAUUAAUUGUAAGCCUUAUUAAAACCACAAACUUAUAUUCCUACAAAAUAGAAAGAGAAAAAACUUAAUUGAAGGUGAAAAAUAAUUUUACACUUUUUUCCAAAACCUAAGCUAAAGAAAAAAAAUUCAAAAAAAAAACAAACAAAAACAAAAAACCUAUUUGUAAAUUAUAAAAAAGGAGAAGUAAAAAAUCGAUUAUAAAAAAAUAUAUGCUCGAGUUUGUAGUAAAUGUUGAAAA